GCUUUAAUAUUCAUGACGUGACGUCAUAUUUUCGCGACAUGAGCUUCAUGACGUCUGGAUUAGCUGGCCGGCAGGAGCUGGACAUUUAAACAGCGACCGGGGAGUGCGGGAUGUGUUGAGAAUCACGGAAAGCGGGACUGUUAGGCGAGAUGUUAUUUUGAAACGGAUGGCGAAGGGCUGGUCAUGGAAGAGUCAUCUGUUCAGAAGCAAUCCACUAAACCCUUGUGCAUCAAUGGCUCUAGUGCUGAUACUGUGCAUGUUCUCCUUGAACCACUAGAUGCCACCAAACAAAUGACUCCCUCGGAACUGGGCAACACGGAUAUCAUGGUACAGGAUAUAAGUAGCUUAGGAAGCCAUAAGAUGGACAGCCCUUUGACUGAGUCAGUCAAUAUACAGAGCCAAAAUAAAGCAUGCACUCAGGAUCCAGAUAUAAAACUGGAUGUAAGGCCAGAUCACAAUCAUUUAGGUUGGCAAGGGCUGGAAAUAAGACAUAAUUCUGGUAGCUUGGACUUGCAUGAAUCUCAUAUAAAUGAAAUUAGAGAUGAGGAAAACACACAAGAGAUCGCUGAACAAAGCCCAGGCAAUACUGGCACCCAGGAGCUUGAUACAAGUGAAACACCAAAAGACAUUGAAAAUCCCUUGAGUUCACAAGAAGAUCUAAAACAGAACCCAGCCAACAUGGACACUCUGGAACUGGCUAUAAUACAAACACUUCAUAACAUGAGUCAUGCUAUGAACUCUCCAGAACAAACUGUAAAGCAGAUCCCAGGCAGUAUGGAAAUAACUGUAACUCUGCCAGAUGAUAUUGAUACAAACAGCCAAGCCAUAAGCCAAUGCCCACUUUACACACAGGACACAGAUGUGACACAGAGCCAAGAUAUGGGUUCCCAAACUGUAAGCCAACAUGCAGAUAAAAUGGACUCUCAAGAGCUGAGUAUAAGAGUAGAUAAUAUGGCCACACAAGUGUUGAACAUGGAACCUGCACAUGAAAUGGACUUCAAGAUGCGGAAAAGCAUUAUAGAGAGUGGGAAGCCAAGCAAUGUCAAUGUUCAGGAUCCAAACGAGAGAAGGACUUUAGAGAACGAGUGCAUCAUAGAUACUUUUUCAGCUCAGAGCUCAAAAAACAUGGCUGUCCGGCAACCUGGCAUUGUUCAGAGUUCUUCAGAUCACAUCUAUAUCCAAGAUUUGGCCACAAGACCUAGCUCAAUAACCAUCGCUACCCAGAAAAUGCACAGAGACAUCCCAUACCGUAGUUAUCCAGAGAAGAUCUCAAGUGUGCCAGUACCAUCUAUCCCAUGUUCUGUGUCUGAAGCAAGUAAUUCUUAUCAGUCCCUUCUCUCUGAGGGCUCAAACUCCAUUCUGGUUCAGUCGGACACAACAGCAACAGCCUUUUCCACCAGUUCUGUAGAUGGGAUCAUUAAUGCUUCUAUCAAUCCCCAGAUCAUUCAAGGCUGUAUUGUGACAAACCCUGAAGGCAGUAACUCUAUCACCCAAUACCUGAUCCUUCAGGAGCAAGAUAAUACCUCCUCCAUGACGGUGACUUCUGUGCCUGUUGGUGAACGCUACCAAUCCCAUGGCUCUUCCUGUGCUUCUGAAAGUAUGGCUGAUGCAGAAAGUUUAGAGGGGAUGAUGGAAGUGGUCUUUGUGCAGCAAUAUAAGUGUAAGAUGUGUAAAUACAAGAGCACAUCCAAACCUACCUUGCUUCGUCAUGUGAGAGAGCGCCAUGUUCAACCAGCUUCCAGAGAAGAGAAGAGAAGCCAUGAAGGGAAAGUUGUGAGGCCAAGAGAGGAGGAAGAGGAGGAAGAAGAUGAUGAUAUUGUAGAUGCUGGUGCAAUAGAUGACCAAAAUGAUGACAGUGAUUAUAGCCCAGGAGAAGAUACACCAAACCAUAACGUAGAAUCAACUCAUGGAAUACUAAUAAAAGAGAGACCACGUAGGAAGCCAGGUCGCCCACGCAAGAUUCCUCGGAUUGAUGGUCCUAAACUAGACAGUGCUCCCAUCCCAAUAUCCAGCAACGACAGCCAGACAGACCAGGGUGUUACAAACUCUGACCUUGAGAACAAGGACCCUGCUUCCUUGCCAAUGCCUGAGGAGCAGAGUCCACCUAAGAGAAUGCGAGGCCGCCCUCCUAAACACCUUCACGGAAAAAAGUACCGUAGAUUCAGAGGUAGUCGGGUUUAUAGAGUGCCUAGUAAAUGUCUUCUCAGGCCCUUCAUCUGCAGAAUUUGCGGUUCCAGCUUCCUUACACAUGAUGAUUUUACUUUUCAUGUGACGUCGCAUGUUGGUAACGACCCAAAAGCAUUUCAGUGUCAGCAGUGCAGUUAUCAGUGCCGACGUUGGUCUUCACUUAAGGCGCACAUGUUUAAUCACAAGGGGAUCAAACCAUACAAAUGUGAAGAGUGUGAGUACACAAGUGUUUACAAAAAGGAUGUGGUCAGACACUCAGCUGUGCAUAGAGAAGAUCGGAAGAAGAAAUCUGAGAAGACUUCAAAACCAGCUUCCUACCCAUGCCCUGUUUGUGGCCGUAUAUACACCAUGCAAAAGAGGUUAACACAACAUAUGAAGAUACACAGUGCUGAGAAACCUCACAUGUGUGAUAAGUGCGGCAAAGCCUUUAAAAAGCGUUACACCUUUAAGAUGCACCUUCUGACUCACCUGCAGUGCGUGGGAAAGAGCAGGUACAAGUGUGAGUUCUGUGAAUAUAUUUGUGGGGAUCGUAAGCAACUCCUAAAACACCAACUAACUCACAUGAACGACAAGCCUUUCAAGUGUAGUCAGUGCAAAUACCACACCUACCGACAGGACUUUCUGCUGUCCCACAUGGCCACAAAACAUGCAGGUGGGAAGCCCUUUGCAUGUGACCAUUGCCACUUUACUACCAAACACAAGAAGAACCUUCGGCUCCAUGUGCAAAGCCGACAUCCACUCCUGUAUAGUGAUUGGUCACAGAGACACCCUGAGGAAACUCCAAGUCGUAGAAGACCUUUUUUUUCUGUGCAGCAAAUUGAGGAGCUGAAGCAGCAGCAUGAACAGUCGGGGAACAAAGCUCAGGAAAUGGUGAUGGAUGGAGCAGAGCUUACUUAUCAAAUACUCCAGCCUACAACACAGCCACCAGCUGAGGAGCAAUCACAAAGUGGACUUGGAGCUGCUACCAUCAUAUAUGAACAAGGCGAGGAAGGGGAAGAAUAUGCAACUCGGGCUGCUCUUGAUCUGCUCUUGAAUAUGAGCACUCGAAGGGAAGGCACAGGAGGCCCUCUGCAGGUGGCCGUAGUACAAGCUGGCUCCAGUGGAGAGGUUCAGAACUCUCGGAGCAUUGCUCAUGAACCCCACAUGGCUCAGGUCCUGACUCUACACAUGGAAGGAAAUGAAGUGACAAGUGUGCAAGAGGCCGCCUUUGAGGAUGCAGAAGUUGAAGAGGUUGGAUAUGAAGGGGCUAUACAGCAGAUCACUAUCGACAAUACCUUCACAACUGCUGAAUACAGCUUAAUAAACUCUGAAAAUAUUCCGACUUCACUGUGCAGUGAAACCAGUGGAUCAACAUUGCUAGGAGAAAACAUAAAGGGCAAAAUCCUGCACAAAUCCCAGCAAGCUGAGCAUGCUUCAGAUCAAUCUCCUGCUGCCCCUGUAGCCAAGAAGUUUUGCUGUAAGCUUUGUGGUUCUACCUUUUUGGGUAGGUCUGAGAUGGAGAUUCACAAGAGAGCACAUGUGCCAAGUGGUGGGUUUAAAUGCCCAGACUGCAUUUUUACUGCUGCUAACUGGCCAGAAGUGCGGAAUCACAUGUCUGUGCAUAGCGAUCGCCGACCUCAUCGAUGUGAUCAAUGCAGUUUUGCCUGCAAAAAUAAGAGGGAUCUGCGUAGGCAUUCCAUGAUACAUACCAACCAAAGGCCACACUCGUGCCACGUAUGUGGGCAGAGGUUUACUAGGAAAGCUCAUAUGAAAUUCCACCUCCAGAGGCUUCAUCAAGGAAAGAACAACGGGCAGAAUGAAGAGCUGACACCUGGUCCAUCACUAGAAGAGGAACACAUCUUCAUGACUCAAGAGGAAAACAUGGGAAGCCAGGAAGAUACAGCUUAUAUUCAAGAGAUCACAACUGCUGAUGGACAGACCCUGCAACAGCUGGUCACUGCAGAUAACCAGGUACAGUACAUCAUUUCUCAGGAAGAUAUUCCCCACCUAAUUCCCCAGGGAUAUGUUGUGUUACCAGAUGGACAUCAUAUUCAGGUUCAGGAUGGUCAGAUAACACACAUUCAGUAUGAAUCAGGCACCCCUUUCCUGCAAGAACCCCAGAUCCACUUUGUCCCCAUGUCCCCUUCUCAGCAGCUCAUAACCCAAGAACAGCUCCAAGCUGCAGCACACUCUGCUGUUACAGCCGUGGCAGAUGCAGCGAUGGCCCAGACGGUGUUCAGUACAGAGACGGAGCAGCCUCUCCUGCAAGAGAUUGAAUAUGAUAUUAUCACAUUAGGGGAAUGAGUACAUCUCUGCUGGGGCUGACAUCGGCCUGUGCUGGGAUUGAAUCCCUACAGCAAUGCCUUUCAAUGCACUUUGUUUUAUUCUGUAUAAAAUGUACCUAACCAACUGCCGCCUUAUAACUACUGGAUGAUUUUGGGGCAGAAGAUAAUAUAUAUUUUGCUACAGUUUACCUCAUCCGUUAUGUGACGCAUGUGUAAAUGUGGUUGUUUUAUGCAAUACAGGGUGGUUUCUACCAACAGCUGCUCUUGAAUUUUUUCAAAAUGUACAAAAAAAAAUAAAUCAUUUCAGUUA